CUGGAAACCAGUAUUCAAACUGAUCAAUCGAAAAAAGUUAUUUGCUGAAGCAGAAAAUGAUUCCCAUUGCAAAGAGGUURUUGUUGUUGCUCCUAGUAAUUGCAGGAGCUCGAGUAGYCACUGCUACAAGAGGAACAUUUGAGAAGAUUCUACGAAAUAAGCUGUUUGAGCAGAAUGAGUACGACAAAACAGUCCGCCCUAUCAAAGACCACARUAAACCAAUCAAAGUGUCUUUUAGCUUGAGGCUGAAUAAACUGGUUGAACUGAACACAAAAAAGCAACUGAUGGUUAUUGAUGCGUUUAUUGUACAGCAAUGGAACAAUCCCUUCCUAUUGUGGAACGAAAGUGAUAAUGGUGGAAUCCAUACYCUACACAUCAAGCCUGAAAAUAUKUGGGUCCCAGAUACUGUGCUAUAUGACAAUGGUGACGAAGACGUUUCCCAGGCAGGAUUUCUAGAGAAGUUCAAGACUUACGUCAUAUUGGACAGUAGUGGUACCUGCACGUGGAUGGCAUCAACAACCUUCAAGAGUUCCUGCAGCAUGGAUAUUACCAACUUUCCUUUCGACUCUCAGAAGUGUGACAUGACAUUUGGUUCAUGGRCGUACGAUAGUAGAUUGGUAGAGAUGGAACAACUACAUGAGACGCACCAAAUAACUGAAAAAUACGUAUCUAAUGGUGACUGGCACCUUCGUGAUGUAUCAAUGAAUCUACGACUGAURAACUACUCGUGCUGUGCCUACCCAUUCUCUGACAUCACAUAUACGUUUACCCUGGAGAGAAAACCUAGWUAUCACGUGAUUUACCACAUUSUACCUUGCGUCAUAAUCUCUUUCCUCUCAUUGKUUAGUUUUSUUCUCCCGCCGGMCUGUGGCGAGAGAAUUGGACUAAACAUCACAGUCCUAUUARCCAUGAGUGUGUACCUUUUGAUUGUUUCUGAWAUCCUUCCGGAGACUUCGGAUUUUGUACCAAKACUUGGUCUGUAUUACWUGUYCRUUAUGGGUGAGCUAGCGCUUGUACUGACAGCAACAGUUAUAUCUAUACGAUGCCAUUUCGCUAGAAGGAAGCCGCYUCAGUUUGUCAUGCGUUUGAAGGGGCUCACAAUGAACAAURAGACGACUGAUAACGUCCAGAACGAAAGAGCCAMGAGAGAAGCCAUUAAMYCUGAUAGCAACAAAGUCAUUGACGAGAAAGAGAUGUGGCGCGAAUUUUGGAUGGAUUUUGCUCAUAGUUUGGACAUCUUUUUUUUAAUCGUAUUUACGAUUGUUUUUGUUUCCACGACGUUGUUCAUUUUGCUUCUGAGAAAAUAGUAUGAAAUACUGAAGUUAUCGAUUAAUCUGUUGCUCAGGGUUAGGUUCUAUUUUUGUGCAGGUCCGUGGAAUUUCAAAGUGUUUUUACCGUUUGUAAUUUUGAAUAUUUAGACACCAAUUCAAGGCUAACACUAAGUAAACGAAUCUGCAAUCAAGGAACACAGCGGCCCGAAUUUUGAACUCGAAAAUUGUUUAUUGAAAGUUUAAACAAGAGGUAACUUACCUUGCGGGAUAAUUGUAAGUCUUUGAGAAUAUACGUUGCACCUUUGACCUAUGACCUCAUCAGAGCAUACGCGAUGAGGAUCGCAUAAUGACAUUAUAAUGCGAAGUAUACAUGGAUGAGGAGAAUUGCUAAAUUAAUUACCAAUCAACAAUGAUACGUAUAAUUGUCUCUGGUAUUGUUUAUAGAGCUAUUUCAAAAAGGUUGUUGAGGAUUCUUUUGCAUUCUUCAUGUUGCAUACGUUUACUGAUCGAUUCACAUCGUCCAUAGUGCAAUUCGSACUUGGUAUGCAGYAUAGUUGAUCUAMGUUAUUUGUAURCUGCAAUAUUUAUGUAWGAUUAUCAUGCUGGCAACCUACCCUCAAUUUUAAAUAACUUUUUUCUACCAUUUUUUAAAAGACAUUCUUACAAUACAAGAGUGGCAUCUAAAUUUGACUUUCGUGCUUCCUAUAAAGACUAGAACAAAUUAUGGCUUAAUGAACAUCAAAUUCAUAGAUGCUAAAAUUUGGAAUUCUAUUGAUGAGUCUACAAAACUACUUAGCAAGCCAAUCUUCAUUAGAACACUCGAUAAUAAAUUAAUUCUCAUGUACAAUUGAGUUGUUAUAUUUUACUCGUUGCCUUAAAUUUAAUAUCAUGUGUUCACUAUACAAUAAUUAUAUAUAACUUUAUAUAGUUAAUUAAUAUUCAAUGUGUUU